AUGGCAGAAACUGUUGUUGAGGCUUUCAUACAAAAACUGAGUGAACCACUUAUUAAGGACGUGAAAUUCCUCUAUGGUGUGCAUGAUCAAGUCAUCACGCUCACGACUGAUUUAGAGCGUAUGAAGGCCUUCAUUAAAGAUGCGGAGGUUAUGGGUGCAAUCGAUGAGAGAACAAAGAAUUGGGUGGGAGAAAUAAGAGAUUUAGUCUACGAAGCUGAGGAUGUUAUUGACAGGUUUGUCUAUCAAGCUGAGCAGCGAAAUAGAACUGGUUUCAUUGGUUGUUUGACCAAUAAUGCUAGUCUCCUUAUGCAGUUGUGGGAUCGUCACAACGUGGGCACGGCGAUCGAAGGCAUCAACAGAAACCUGGAGGAUAUUGGAAAGAGGAGGCCUGUCUAUGAUCUGUCACAAAAUCGUAUCGGAGAGGAAGGAUCGAGUUCAAGAGGUAAAGGUUCAAAAAAUCUCAGGAGGUCAUCACCUCAAGGUGAGGAACUCGAAUUAGUAGGAAUGAACAAAGAGGUGAGUUCCUUAAUGCGAUUGUUGUUGGAGGGAGAGGAACGACGCUGUGUGGUCACUGCGGUUGUCAUGGGUGGUGUGGGUAAGACUGCACUUGUCAAGAAUCUUUAUAAUAAUGAUGAUGUGAUGAGUUGGUUUGAUUGUUGUGCUUGGGUUCCUGUUUCUCAGUCUUACAUGGUAACCGAGAUCCUUCAUAGCAUGAUAAAAGGAGUUGAUGCACCGUGAAAAGGCAUAAAAAAGAUGGAUGAGCAAGAGUUAACGAAGGUUCUCUCUAAAUAUUUGCAAACAAGGAAGUAUUUGGUAGUCUUGGAUGAUAUAUGGGAGCACAAUCCUUGGGAAAGUGUAAGAGAUGCACUGCCAGACAGUAACAAUGGCAGUAGAGUUUUAAUAACAUCUCGCAAUACGGACCCUGUAAAUUCAAUGGGUUCCAAUCUCCUCUUCCUCCAACUAUUGCCCAUGGAUGAGAGCUGGGAGUUGUUUUGCAGAAAGGCAUUUGUAAAGGAUAAUGGGAGAUGCCCUGAACAUUUGAUAAACAUAAGCCGUGCCAUCGUGAAAAGAUGUGACGGCUUACCCCUGGCUCUUGUCAUUGUAGGAGCUCUCCUGUACAGGAAAGCAUCGACAGCAUUGGCAUGGACGAGAGUGCUUGAUGGCCUCAGUGGAAAUUUGGGUAAAGGUGAUGAACCACUCUCUAAAAUCUUUUCAUUAAGUUAUUUUGAUCUACCGAACUACCUUAAACCCUGCUUCUUAUAUUUAUGUGCUCACCCUGAAGAUCUCAAGAUUAGAAGAACAAGCUUAAUUCAUCGGUGGGUGGCAGAAGGGUUUAUUGUAAAUAAAGGGGAUAUGACAUUGGAAGAUGCAGCGGAGGACUACCUCGAGGAAUUGGUAAGUCGGAGCAUGAUACAAGUGGUAAGUGUGAGCUCGAGUGAACGUAUUAAAUCUUUUCGUGUACAUGAACUUUUACGAGAAUUUUCUUUGGCGAUAGCCAAACAGGAAAAUUUUUUAGGAGUUUUUCCAUGUAAAGGUAAGACACCCCAUCUAAGGACUCGGCGUCUUUCAUUUCAUCGUGGUAUGGCUGAUGACAAGUACUUGUCCAGUUACAAUGCUUCGAAAGUUCAUUCGUUGUUCUUUUAUAAGGAUCUCACAAAACUUUCCUUUGAUGGUUUACAUGGGGCUAAGUUUAUUAGGAUAUUGGUGCUUGAUCAUAUCAGAAUUCAGUACUUACCAAAUGAAUUGAUGAGUUUAAUUCAUUUGAGGUAUUUGAGUUUUUGUAAAAGCUCCUACGAGGGAAAGAUCCCGAAAUCCUUAAGGAAUCUCAAAUACUUGGAAAUUCUUGACAUGAGAAUGAAAUCUCACAGUGUGUUUGCACUUCCAGGUAAGGCUUUGGCCCUCCAAAGUUUAAGACAUCUGUACCUGUCCAAGGGUCUUGUGAAAUCAAUGAUACAUUUGAAAAUGGAGAACUUGAAAAGCCUCCAAACAUUAUGCGGUGUAUGUGGUGGGAGGUGGAUAAAAGAAUCACUGGGCAAUUUGACCCAACUUCGGAAGCUCAGGAUAUUUCCAAUGGAGGUCGAUGACAUUCAAAACGUCUACAAUUCCCUAAGCAAUCUGCAAUGCCUCCCAUCACUGACUCUGUUAGCCAAGGGUGACACUAUUCAAACAAGGCACAAUUUGGAAGCAGUUUUGCAACCUCCUGCGCUUCUCGAAAAAUUGCAGUUAAGUGGAAAGUUAGAAAAGCUACCGAGCUGGUUUGGAACCCUCCGGAACCUUACCAAGUUGAUUUUAUUGUCAAGCAAACUGAAUGAAGAAGGUUUCUAUGAGCUCCAAGAGUUGCCUAGGCUGCGAAUCCUAAAGCUAUAUGCAUACGUUGGAAAUGGGAUGCCUUGCAUGGCAGGAGGCUUUCCUCAACUCCGAGAAUUUGUUCUUGAAAAUUUAUACGAGUUAGAGGAGUGGAAGAGUUUGGAGGAGGGAUCCAUGCCUUGUCUUGAAAGCCUAGAUAUCAUUAAAUGUCCCAAGUUGAACAUGCUUCCCGAAGGGUUGCAGCACAUCAAGGCACUCCAAAAAUUGAGAUGUGUUGGCAUGUCUAAAGAAUUCUGGUCAGAGUCCAGCACACCGGUUCUUAAGACUGGCACAAAAUCGAGAAAAUCACCGAUCCAGAUAUCGAUUUAUCUCCUUUGUUCGAUUCUCCAUGUCAGUGAUAUCAAGGGUGCUUCCAUUUCCAUAAAAUUUGGAUCGUUGAAAUCUCCUCUCUCUCUCUCAUGUUAGC